AUGUCCGACUACCAAUUCCCUCCCUCGUCGCCCGUGCUAAACGCCGCUGACUCGGACUUCGACCCCUUUGCCAGACCGAAAGACUCUGUCAGGGGAAGAUGUGAGUAUCCUACUCCAAACCCAUCUUCUACGGCAGGAAGAUCCUCUUCUCCGGCCAGACAUGAGAAUGAUCUCGCAGAUGAAGAAACUAAUGCCAUUUCUCCGGUGAAAAUGCCGUUUUCUGGCAAGUUUAGACAGACUGUUGAUGUUCCUAUUGCCACCAGAGAACGCCGCCCCACAGUGUCUAUCAACAGAGAUUUCAACAUCUUGAACCCCGACGCGUCAGUAAUGCGCAUUCCGCUUGUUUCCGGCCAAUCGCAGCUUCUUGUGGGAAGAAGUUCUAAGUCCUGUGACUUCCACAUGAAGACCAGCGAUAAAACCAUCAGUAGAGCACAUGUUCUGAUCAGCUACGAUACGGAGUCCUUAACAAUUACAUGCUUGGGCUACAAUGGGCUCGGAAUGAUUGUUCCACGUGUUUGCCAAGUCUCCGAGACCGGUGAGAAGGCGUAUGAAUUGCGUGAAACUGGCAAGCCAUUGCAGGCUACAAAUCUCUCUAAAACUAUUCACUUGGACUACCAGCACACCGAGUUUCACGUCAACAGAGGUGAGAAGGUGCGGAUGCCCCGCUUCUCAAACGUUUUGUUGCAGAUCAGAGACUUGGUUCUUCUUGUCAAUCCUGACGACUACGACGAGGAGGUCACUGACGAUGAGGAGAUUGAGUUGGUAAAGCCAGUGCUUCAGACGUUGCCACCUCCAUUGCAGGCCAUUCUGAAGCAUCAGCCACCAGCUGUGACAAAGCCUCAGCAGGAAUACGUCCAACAAACACCUCAAAUGGCAUCUAAGAAAACACCAAUGGCAGCACCAACGGCGGCUCCAAUGGCAGCUCCAACGGCAAUACCACUUGCUUCUCCUAUGAAGAAAAAGACUGCUUUCACAACUACGUCUGUUCUCACUCCCACAAAUAUUUCUGCUGAAACCCCAAAGACUCCACGGAAGCCUUUGGUGCACAUUCCUACUAUGGAUGAGUCUACACCUUCAAAAUCCAGCAAGGAGCCUAUAGUCAUUUUCCAGGAUGCGCAAGAGCCCAAGGUACAACCUCCCAAGAGAUCGAUGACUCCAUUGUCAAAUAAAUCUACCAAUUUGCUUCACACUCCUCCAGCAAAAAGAAGAGCUGCCAGUGAAGAGCCUAGUGGCAAGAGAGUCAAACACGAGCCAAAGCAGGAACUUGAAAAGAAAACCGAGCCCAAGAGGGAUGCAGAGGGUAAGCUUAUCAUUGACGGAAAGUGCAUUCAGAAUAUCUCGAACCUCAGCGAAAUCGAAAACAUUCUCAUCAACCAUUUAGCAUUCUCAAGACUUUCGUCUACACCGGCAUCUUUCUUGAACACAAUUCUGGCGGCAGUGUCGAAGCUUUCGCUUGAACAACUUCGGUCGGUUCUUCAUGCUGUUGAAUGCAUUGGUGUCAUUUACAGACAAGGUAAGGAUGCCGCUGGAAAGCCAUUGGAGGAAGAGUACUACUACGUGCCUGAAAAAGACCAUGACCCAGAGAGAAACAAAUUGGUGUCGCUGAUUAAGGGUCAUGGUGGAUUGAGAGCAUGCAGAAGAACUCACAAGCAGUACUACUGGAAGAAGCCAGCCCCAAUCAAGAAAUAA